AUGUGGCUCCAUAUCGCCUUGAUUGCUGCUGCUUUUGUGUGCUCUCGGCAGCUUGGUGCUGAUGCAUUCCAGCUGCCUGCCAAAGGACCAAAGACUUCCAAGGUGGUGUUACCGGUACAUGUAUGUGGACAAGAGGAUGUUCUUGCUACCAAUAGUAGACGGGUCUUCUUGGCCACUUCGUCUCUCGUGGGCUUGACAGGACUCGUGUUGCCUCAACCGGCUCUUGCCGAUGAUGAUGACAUCAACAACGAUUUCAUCCAAGCGCUUAAAGCUCGAUCAGAUGCCAACCGCGACAAGUACAAUCAGGAGGCUCGCACAGGCACAAAGUUGGAUAACAAUCAAUUUUCAGGCCAAUACAAACGGCCAAAGUAUGUUAGUGUGCGCCGGGUUGAUGGAACUUUCAAAAUGAUUCCUCCCGAAGCGCUAGAGGAUCUUUUGGCCAAAGGGAUUGUCAUUGAAGACUAUGAUACCGUGACAAACAAGGUUGGAGUGGUCAAACCGGAUUACAGAAAGGGCAAGAUAGUGCAAUUCCCCAAUGCUGAAGCCGAAGCAAAGUUAGACAAGUUGGCCUCCCGUGCUCCUGCUCAAAAAGUCACGGUGCCUCCACCCUCCUCUUCGGAGACCGAAUGA